AUGCUAAUCAGGAAGAGUGAAAGCCAACUUGCCACUCUGAUGCUUGGCUCACAUCAAACUUCCGUUCUCUGUCACAUGGGAGACUUUGGAUGCGGAAAUGGAGGAUGGACACCAAUCAUGAAGAUGAACGGUAACGAGGUACUAUUUCAUCCUUUUUACUCUCAGAGUGCAUGAUGGGAUCUUAUAUAUCCGGCGGUGUAAAAAUUUUUGUAAGAAAAGUACUACCAAUGAAAGAGUGUAUUUACAUUUUUUUUUUGCAUAGUGCUAUUUUGUUUCCCAGCAUUUUGCGAAAUUGUAUUUUUUUUUCAACUUUGACUUGUUAUAUUUAUUUAGUUAAGCCUAUUUUAUUUAUUUUGUGUCAGUUUUAGGAUCGUUCGGAUCACUGUGCUGGUUAUUAAUGCACUCGGUCAAUAUAAAGCAUAAUAAACUUCGAUGGCAAUGAAAACGUCAAAUUAAAUUGGUUUAUUCAUGUUACUCAAAACCUAAUCCUUUAUUAUGCUGAAACCCGGAUAUGCUUCAAACGCCGUGGGCUCCAUCUCCUUCAUUUUAACGUCGCUGAAUUCCAAUUGGUUUAUAACUACUCCGGACAACAUUCUUGUUAUAAAUGCUAUGGGGAUUGAACAUUCAAAGUAUAGUCAGUGAAAAAGAUUGCGAGGUAUACUGAUUGUUGAUGAGAGAACAACUCAAAGAAAGGUGCAAAUUGAUAUUAGAAAAAAGUAUUGAAGUACAUGAAGCUUUAUUUGCACAAAAACUCAACAUUAUAGUUAAUCUGUUGAUCUCCAUUUUUCUACUUUGAAGCAAACCUUUCACUUCAAUUCCCACCUCUGGAGUAACAAUAAAAACUUUAAUCUCGACGGUGGGAAGACUGGAUUUGACUCACAAGAAACCAAACUUCCCUCCUACUGGAACACAUCCUUCUCCAAGAUCUGCCUUGGUGUGAAGAUCGGCCAGCAGAUCAAGUUUAUUGUCAUCAACCAGCAGGCGAAUUCAUUGCACUCCCUAAUUGCCGACGGAGCAUACCGCGCUACCUCAUUGGGUCGUGACACGUGGAAGUCACUGAUUGGUUCUCAGGGCUCCUUACAGCGCCAUUGUAACAAGGAGGGGUUCAACGUAGAGGGUAAUAAUUUUGGAAAUUCCAAAGCGAGAAUUGGUAUCAUCGGUAAUGAACAAAGAAACUGUGGUUCACCAGACUCUAGAAUCGGGUUCGGUACUGGAGGAUAUCCCGAGACCACGAACACGUGUGGAAAUGAGGCUAAACAUGGAGGAGACAACGGCAACAAACAGAUAAGAGCCAUGGGGUACAUUUUAGUGCAGUGA